AAGCAGUAGAACCCCCUUAGAAAAUUCCCACAUCCUCUGCGGUCGUUCGUUUGGCUGCCCCUGAAGCGGAAAAUUUACUAAACGUGGUUUCGUUUACAGGACGUGAGACGGCAAAUUUCCCUUAUUGGGACAUUUAUGGCUCAGCUGGAUACAUCUCCGAAAGAUGACUGAUGGUGUAACCAAAGCGACCAGGAACAUGUUCGGUUAGUUCUGCCUAUGAUGCCAAAGACCCAGGAGUUUUUAGACAGUCACAUGCUCGCGCCCUGUGUGCCAGGCUGCACUCUACCCCGUAGAUUGUGCCCUAGGCUCCGGGGUUAGAUGGUGCUGAUCACGGACGACAGGGAUGGAGGAGGCGUCCCGUCGGUCCGCGUCAAACAGCUCCAGCAGCAGAAAAAAGCCGUGGCAAACAUCGGCCAUGUCCAUCCUACGAUAACCGAGGAACCUCUGUCCACCUAUGAGGAAGACUACCUGGGGUCGUGCGAGGAGGAUGACGAGGAGGAAGAUGGAAGCGAGGAAGACAGUGAUGAAUUUGAAGAAGUUGACUUUGAGGACUUGGAUGACUGUCGGAGUAUCGCCUCGGACGACUCCUUCUAUCCACCGGAUGAUGUGUUCGCGGACUCAGAGCGCACCCCGUCCCCGGAGAGCCCAGAGCCGCUGUCUUUUUUCAGAGCAUGCUGUACAAACAACGCGGCUGUAGUUCGGAUAAUGAUACGACAUGGUGUCAAGGAAGAGGAGGUCAAGGAAAGAGACAGGAAUAACAGGAUAGGACUGCUGAUUGCCUGUUACCAAGGUUUCGUGGAUGUCGUCAUAGCACUGUCUCAGUGUCCGUACCUGGAUGUCAACUGGCAGGACAGCGAGGGAAACACUGCACUCAUAACUGCUGCACAAGCAGGCCACAUAACAAUUACCAACUAUCUGCUGAACUACUUCUCUGGGCUGGACAUAGAGAGAAGAAACUGUCAUGGCUUCACUGCUCUGAUGAAAGCUGCCAUGCAGGGCAGGGUGGAGUGUGUGCGCUCACUCAUGAUGGCAGGAGCCUCACUGAAUGCGAGGGACUUUGGGCGUAACCUGACUGCUAGGGAAUGGGCUUUGUUCACAGGCCGUUUUGAAACUGCUUGGGUGAUGACACGCCUAAUGGAAAGGCCCUGCCCAUCCCAGUACUCUGAUGCAUACAGUCUAGAGUGGCCCCCGCUGGCAUCUAUGGUGGCCAGGUCCCAAGAGCCCCGAGGCUGUCUGAAGCGCAUCUCAGACACCAUGCGGAGCGUCUUCAACAUCGCAAACGUCACCAACCCAGAGGAAGAAGGCGUUAUUGACCACAUGGUGUCUGUGACAACAGCUAUGAGGAGCCCUUUUAUUGCCGUGGCAUGCCACACUGUGUGUCCUGACAGCCCUCCAAGUGUGGGCAAACGUCGCUAUGCAGUCCCAGAGAUCAUCCGGCAGCAACGCGCCAAAGAGCUCCGCUCCAACAACCCCGACAGGGUGGACAGUCACCGCAAACUCUUCCAGAACUCUCGGGUAACACUGGUAGCCAAGAACUCAGAAGACCGCAGAGCCAGCCUUCAGGUCCAAAGAAUGGUGCCUCGACAUAGGAGCUCCAGCCUGGGCAUGGUGGCUUAUAACCAAGUCCGGGAGAUGCGGAGAACCAGCCUGUUGCCCAUGCACAUGGUACUGAGGAGGAGCAGCGUCAGGCCGGGCUUCAGCAUCCCCAAAGUGAGGAUAUCAAAGGCCCCUGCGUCCACCUAUGAACCAGAAAAGAUUCGACGGAAGAGCAGCGCCAAAGAAGGAGGGGCAAACCUGCUACAGAUCCCCAAGUGGCGGUACAAAGAGCUCAAAGAGGAGAGAAGGAAAGCAGAAGAGGCUGAGAGGAAGAGGCUGGAGGCUGCAACCAAAAGACACAUUGCAGCUGGGAAAAGGAAAUAAUAUAAUUACCUCAGGAAUCUUGUCACACUUUAAUCCCCGAAACUGAACUGAUUGGAAGUUGUUUCUGCAGUGAUGGAGGUGGGGUGCUCACCAGCCCAUUAAAAAUGACUGACACUACUUUCACAGCUUUAUUACACAACACUCAGUGUCCUUUUUAAGGUCAAACAGCAAAUACCCAGGGGAUUUAAUACUUGAAAUGUUUCUAGAUUAUUUAUUUUUCAUAUUUAUUUCUUAUUAAUAGACAGUGGGGACUGUAAGCUUUAGGUGCUGACUUCAGCAGUUUUUUUGUAGUGUCACACUGUAGUGGGGCAGAAGACAUAUUCUCUCAGACUGCAACCACAGCAGGUGUUUAUUCAUCUUUCUGACCAAAUGAAAAGUGGAAGCAGUUUAUUUGUAAUACUUUAGAAUAACAUCUUUAAAAUAUUGACUGGUGAGCAUGUCAUUGGCUAAAAAAGCUAAAUAUGUAAUGCAGAGUCUAAUGUUGA